CUAGAAAGCCCCUUAGGCUCUUAGGGUUGAAAACACUCCCAUUCGUCGUCUCCGAGUGGGUCUCAGGAGCGCACAUUCUCACACAGAGUGAGGGAGGGAGUUGUCUGGUCAAACCUGUUGCAGCCACAGACUAAUAUCUCCCACCCUGAACCAACACUUCACACACACAGAGAGAGAGAGACAGCGCGAGAGAUAGAGAGAGUGAGGGUCAGAAGAAGACUCUCCCAGUUGACAAAGCCCUUCCUUGGUUAAGCCUCAGUGAGCCGCCAGUGAGCCACUGGCCCUUAGCAACACGAUCCAGAGGAUCUGCUCUGCUGCUCUACUCUGCGUCUCCACUCCCCCGCCACCCCUGUGGAGAGUUUGAAGAAGAAGAAAAAAACUGGGGGAGCGGGGGAGGCAGACGCCUACACAGAGAAGAGAAAAGCUUGAAACAGCUGCAGAGAACCAACGGAGAGGAGGGCAGCAAAUAGAAAUCAGACGAGGGGAGAAAAAGGGUAAUAAAAAUCAGUGGAAAAGAGACGGUUGAAGAGACAAUCGUGGAGCGAGGUUCGAGAGCGAGAGCCAAGCUGCAGCCAGUCACCAAAGCCAGUGGAAUGGAACUCGACGUCGGUCGGAUUAACCCACGCCUGCCCACCGUGCAUUCCGAGGAGGAAAGCUGAACCAACUGACCUCCACCCCCAAAAACUCAAUGAGGAGGAAGCUAACAACAUGAGCUGAGCUAACAACACAACAAUAUGCUGAGCUAACACGUUCCUGUUUUUCUUCAGCAGUGUUACUGCCUGGGGUUAGCAUUAGCCGCUAGCUGACUGGCAGUAGAAGAGGAGGAGAGCCGGGGGCCACCGAGCAUCGCUGGUGUUGCUGCCCAGGAGAGGCAGGGCAGUGCAGGAGAGGACCAGAGGGACGACGAGAGGGCGGUGGGGGAGGGAGAGGUGGCGGUGGUGGUCGGGCAGCGGCACAUGGCCGUGCAGCGGCUGGUGACGGCGGCGGUGGCGGUGGCCCUGCUGUCCCUGGUCCUCAACAACGUGGCGGCCUUCACCCCCAGCUGGGUGCUGCAGGCCCUGGAGGAUGGACGCAAGCGCAGCGUGGGGCUGUGGAGGAUGUGUCCCGUCAUGACUGGAGGAGAGAGGGGCCGGGAUGAACACGGUGUUGGGGGAUCCAAUAGGAGAGGUCAGGGGUCUCAGAGGCCGUGUGAGGACCUGGGCUGGGGCUCGGAGUUUGCAGGCUACCAAGAGUCCCGCAGCACCGUCAAAUUGCAGUUUGACAUGAUGCGAGCGUGUAACCUGAUGGCUACGGUGGCACUGACGGCCGGGCAGCUCAUCUUCCUGCUGGGCCUGAUGGAGCUGCCCUUCGUCACCCAGGACUCCCAGUGGUGGGAGGAGGCCAUCGCCGCGCUGUUCCAGUUGGCCAGUUUUGUGCUGGUGAUCGGCUUGGUGACGUUCUACCGGAUUGGCCCGUACACACACCUGUCCUACUCGUGCUACGUGGACAUCGCCGCCUGCUUAUUGGCCACGCUCGCCGCUGCCAUGCUCAUCUGGAACAUCCUGCAUCGCCGCGACGACUGCCUCACACCCCGGGUCAUUGUCAUCAGCCGCUCGCUGGCGUCGAACUUCCACCCACGCCUCGACAACGACUAUGUGGAGUCGCCCUGCUGAGCCCCCCGAGCCCUGACUCUUGAACCUAACAGAAUAGACAAUGCUCUGACAGUCUCUGCAUAUUUUCACCCAAACAGGUGCCUCAAUUAAUUACUCUACAGAAGACACAUGUUUUGUCGUGGCUCUACCAGUGCUGGACUAACAUGAUUUCACUGUUGUACAGUUCUACAUCUUCGAACUUCGUGGCUUCAUCAUUUACAAUGACCAGUAGAACUCAAAUUUUUCCCUGGACUGAGUAACGCUCCUUGAUGCAAGGAUAGUUUCUCCAUAAAACAUCCAGCUAACACAUCUCUAAAUCUCAAAAGAAUUAUGAAUGAUUAACAACAUGGCCAAAAGUAUGUGGACACCUGCUCGAACAUCUCAUUCAAAAAUCAUGGGCAUUAAUAUUGAGCUGAUCCCUCUUUUGCUGCUAUUACAGGCUCCACUCUUCUGGGAAGGCUUUCCACUAGAUGUUGUAACAUUGCUGCGGGGACUUGCUUCCAUUCAGCCACAAGAGCAUUAGUGAGGUUGGGCUUUG